AUGUCAGCCUGUGCACGAAACUCCAGGCCCGAACUCAGCGGCAUCCCAGGCGACCCUCAAACAACAAAGAGCAAAGUGCUCGAGACUGGCGCAUCCAUGGUCCAAAACUUCACGCCCGUCAAGCAAAUUUGUGCCCAUCUAAAUGCAUUUCACGUCUACGCCAACGAUCCGACCAGAUGCGUCGAAGCAAACCACUACUGCGCACAUCUUACAGAGGACGUCCGCCAAUGCCUAAUCUACGACUCACCAGAAACCAACGCCCGUCUCAUUGGCGUUGAAUACAUGGUCACACCGCGCAUCUUCAGGACCCUACCCACCGAAGAACGCAAGCUUUGGCACACGCACGAAUAUGAAGUGAAGAGCGGAAUGCUCAUUAUGCCGGCGCCAGUCGGAGCGGCAGCCCCGGCCUGGGACGUGGCCGAGACGGCUGAGAUGGAGGAUAUUGUGCCGCUGUACGGUAAGACGUAUCAUAUGUGGCAGGUUGAUCGGGGAGAUGUUGUGCCUAUGGGACCGCCGCAGUUGAUGGGGAGUUUCACGUCGCCUGAGAGCGUGGAGAGGGCGAAGGAGGGAGGCUUAGAUGCGCUGGUGAAGGAGAGGGAUGAGCGGUUUGGUGCGAAUUAUCGGGAGAAGGCGAGGAAGAGGGAGGGGAUUGCUACUGUUAAGAAGGAUCCAGAUGCCGAUUCGAUGUGCAAGGGCUCUAAAGAGAAAGAUCAAUAG